UUAUUGGAGUGCUUAUCUUUUGUUUGUGUACUCAGACACUUCUCUUUCAGUUUUUACGCUCCAAUCGCAGGGGUCAUCAACGCCCAGUUGCAGUGGAAGUUUUUCCCCUCUCAUCUCAUUCUUAUGACUCAACCCUACAAGAAGGAUAAUCAUGGUGAUCACAUUGAUCGAAUUAGUGAAUUACCUGGUAAUGUGAUUGAUUGCAUCCUAAAACACUUGAAUGUUCAAGACUUAGUUAGGACCAGUAUUUGGUCUAGAAAAUGGAGGUAUAUGUGGAUUUCAGUCCCACGAAUUGAGUUUGAGGAAGGAUUUUACAAUUUGUUUGAUAAUCUUGAUGACCCUGCCUCUGAGUUCUCUAGAAUUAUCACGGAAAUUCUUUUCCUCCAUAAUGGGCCAAUAAAUGAGUUUAUUAUUGAUCUCCCUCCUGAUUCCAAGCACAAAAUCACAUUUGGAUGUCUUAACAAGUGGAUUCUGUUUUUGUCAAGGAAAGAUGUUAAAUAUAUUUCUUUGGAUAACUCUGCGAAAGAUCACGUUCGAACUCCAUCUAAUCUCUUCUCUUGUCGGGGAUUGACUUACUUUAAACUGAACUAUUUUAACAUGUCAAUUCCACCUAGUUUUUGUGGCUUUAAGAGCUUGCUUCACCUUCACUUACAAUUUAUUACAUUUGACUCGGGUGCACUUGAGAGUCUUCUACCCGGCUGCCCAUUACUCGAAGAACUCAGCAUUGUAUAUUGUUCUGGCUAUAAAUGUAUUGAUCUUUCUUCUUCUACUCUAACCGAACUCACAGUCUCAAUUGAAGAGAGUUGCGUAUUUCGUCUGAAUAAAAGCUUGCCAAUAAUUCAGAGGCUUAAUGUGGAAUUAGUUUGCGAGAUGUUGUAUCCACAUGCAGAUAUCUUUCCUUUGUCACAGCUGAUAAACUUAAAGUAUCUCAGUUUAGAUGAUGUGAAUUUGGAUAAACGAGAAGAACUUUUGUAUAUUGUUAGUGUACUCAAAAGUGCUUCUAACCUCGUGGAAUUUGAUAUAGCGACUUAUUAUUCCAUGGCUUCUAAGAGACUAGCGCCGGACCCUUCGGAGAAGUUAGAGUGCAGUGUUUGUUGCCUUAGUGAACUUCAGGAGGUUAACAUCAGAGUUAGAAGGAAAAGUAAACAUGCAAUGAGUUUGGCACGGUUCAUUCUUGCGAAAUCCUCAUCGUUAAAAUCUCUUACUAUUCGUCUUCCUUUUGGUAUAGAAUCAGAUGCGCUGAUAUUGUCGAGCAUUUCGCGAGACUUGUUACGGAUGGAACGAGCAUCGCAAAAGGCGCAAGUUGAACUCACUCAUGGAUAGAUAGAUAUUUCAAUUGUGAAAUGUGUUUGAUUUUAGAUUUCAAUUCUUGUCUUUGCUUAUUGUGUAACUUUAAUUUAACAUUAAUGUUAUCUUCAAAGCAUGAUUUAUGUA